CUCUCUAGUCUUUAUAUAAACCCUACGUACGUACUCUCAUCACACUCACUGCGUCAAACCCACGUGUCAAUGACCGAGUCCUCCAUCUCCUCCCUCAAACAAUCGUCUCCGGUACUAGACGAGGAUCAUCACCACCAACAUCAACCCAGCAAGAAACGGGUUAGAUCCGACCCGGGUUACCGAGGCGUCCGGAUGCGAACGUGGGGCAAGUGGGUUUCCGAGAUCCGUGAGCCACGCAAGAAGAGCCGAAUCUGGCUCGGCACUUUCUCCACGGCGGAGAUGGCGGCGCGUGCUCACGAUGCGGCUGCUCUCACCAUCAAAGGAACCUCCGCCGUCCUCAACUUCCCGGAGCUCGCCACCUACCUUCCCCGUCCAGCUUCGUCUUCUCCACGUGACGUUCAAGCCGCCGCCGCCGUAGCCGCCGCCAUGGACUUCUCCUCCUCCUCCUCCGCCGUCGUGAUCUCUGACUCCGAGCACACCGCCGUCGUCACGGAGGCGCAUUUAUCUUCUUCGUCGAGCUACUCGACGUCUACGUCGUCUUCGUCGUUGUCACCGUCGAGCGAAGAAGCUGCGUCGUCGACGGCGGAAGAACUGAGCGAGAUAGUCGAGUUACCGAGUCUAGAGACGAGUUACGAUGAGUCUUGGAGCGAGUUCGUGUACGUUGACUCGGCGUAUCCACCUAGUCCGCCUUGGUAUUUUAAUAACUGUUAUAGCUUUUAUUACCACAGCGACGAAAAUGGCACUUCGAUGGGUGAACCUUUUGAGUCUUCCAAUUUUUGCCCCCUUUUUCCUUAGUUUUCUUUUUUAAUUUAAUCCCUUCUUGUUUUAAAAUUUCCUGUUUAAUUAGCCUAGCUAAUUUCU